AAUCUAAAUCGAAACUGAAAUUUGGAAAACAAAUAUGUCGCACUUCUCUUUCUCGAAGCAGAAAAAUCGGUGAAAUCGGUAAAUUGUUGGUAGGCUACGGUUUUAAUUGUGUUAUCACAGUGCUAAAAUGUACAUGAAACUAACGGAGUAAUCAAGUCAUGAAAUCAUACCGAUAUAUAGGUAUUGUAAGACGCCUGAUGUCCGUUUCCAGGCUUUAUUUCAGCCCUGCUGAAGCUACUAUUCAUGUAGAUUAUUCAUGUGUGCAUGCAUAUUGUUGUGGCGAAUCUUCAAAUAUUUGGAAUUUGAAUCCAUAUGCGAGGUCUACAAUUAGAUUUUAAUACAGACGACAUUUUCCAUAACGCUGUCCACAAAUGAGUGUUGCUGCAGCAGUAACCUCAAAACGAAAAUCCGCGCAAACAGACGUACAAAAAUGAAACUAUGGUGCGUCUUUACGGGUGACGGGCUUUGUUUAUCGAAAAAGGCCUGAAUAAUUAUUGUAAGUAAAAUAAAAACUCAAAGUAGCCUCGUAGCCCAGAUACGGCGUGAAAAAAUGAGUUCCAAGGAGAAUCCUCCAAAGAAAAAAGGAUGCGACAAAGGCAUCGUGAAGAGGUUUAAAAUGAGACUUGACCUCAUAUUUGACUACAAUGGCUUAGUUAAUCAAGGAGCAACCUGUUAUUUGAACAGUGUGCUGCAGGUCCUCUUCAUGACUAAGGACUUCAGAGAGGCUGUGGAAAGUCACUGUGGUCAAGAUCGGAAGACCGCUGAUUUUCACCUGAAAAGCCUUUUCGAGGCGUUAAAGACAAGUGAAACUCACACAAAGGACAUCUUAUCCAUACUUGGCAUUGGGAAUGUUUACGAGCAACGGGAUGCUGCUGAAUAUUUUGAGAAUAUUUUAUGCAUGGUCAAUCCUUAUGUGUCUCAGAUCUUCAAAGGACAUUUGAGACACACGAUGAGAUGUUCAGAAGGUCAUGUGACCAGUGUUGAAACUGGUCCAUUCUGGACUCUGCCACUCUCAAUAGAAAAUCCAUCCGACUCAAACAAAACCUACAGUGUGAGGGAUGGUUUUGAGGAGUUUUUCAAGUCUUCAACUGUCAGUGAGAUGUAUUGCGACCAAUGCAAUGAGAAAACCCGUUCAACCAUUGCAUGUAAAAUGGAACAUCACCCAGAGAUUCUGACUCUGCUCCUCAAGAGGUUUGAGUUUGACUACCACAGUAUGUCAUAUACCAAAAACGACUGCUGUGUUGAAGUUCCUCACACGUUACGGACAAAGAACUGUGACUAUGAACUCUAUGCAGUGGUGGACCAUGUGGGAAGUCUAAGAGGUGGACAUUACACUGCUAGAAUCAAGUCCUAUGAUGAUCACAACUGGUAUGUGUUCGAUGACAGCUACGUCAGACAGCCCAAUCCACAAUCAAUCAGUCAUAUGAAUAAUGAAAGAUCCCAGAGUGUGUAUCUGCUUAUGUACAAGAAAUGUGGGCCAGUUGAGAACAAGUUCUCUGUCACGAAUACCACCGAAGGUGGCUCCCCUUCCUGUUCGGGUGGCGCUCGGCGGUGGUCGUCGCCGGUCUACUAGCUGCCACCGAUCCCUUUUUCCUUUUCGUUUGUUUUUGUCUAAUUGUUUUCACCUGUUCCUUGUUGGGGUUUUGGGAUGGGUGUUAUUUAAGUUAGUUUAGCCCGCUGGUGUUUGUGCGGGCUUGUUGGUUGUUAUGUUUGGUGAUGUAUCGUGUUUUGUUUUGGGUUUUCGCUGUCCAGUGUUUGUAUCUAGGUUUUGGGUUUGUUUAGCGCCAGUGUUUUGGGCAUUCACCCAUGUUUUGGACCUGUUACGUUUUGAAGGACAUGAAAGCGUUUUCCCGUUCAUUUCGCUCUCUGCAUUUGACUCCUCACUCAUUUCACUCACCCGCCGUUACAUUCUCAUUUUCUACUGCGACCUGGCCAAGAUAAAGCAAAAUGGAGAAUGGAGAAAGAAUAUAACAUAUAGACACAUGGACAAGCUGAAUGUGCUUUGUACACUAAGUUUUACCAGCUCCAGUAAAGAGAUCAGAGACUCGGGUGACGUCUACAUCAUCUUUACUAAACAACACAAUUAACAAUUGAAACAAAUAACACAGCAGAGAAAAACAAGGUUUGACCACUCCUCAAAAAUGGCUUCACUCUUGCUCCUCAAAAGAGGCAGACAGUCAUUUUAUUGUAGUCAACUGCCUCCACAUAGAACAUCUCAUAAUGUCUCUGUAAGUGGAACGAGAACAUGAAUGGUUCCUUGAGGAGAAUAUUCUUCAUCCAGGCCAUCAUACAACCGUAGUUCUUUAAGAGUUUUCAGUUUCGUCUAGAAAGAAAACAGAUUGUGGUCAUUGAGUAAUGUAAGGGAACCUCUAGUGAUGUGUGUACAAGAAUGCACCUUACUUUAGCUAAUAGCCUAUGCUGUACCUGAUCCUGCAGAGGGGGGAUCACACAAUCGGAUGGGUAUCCCAAAAAACCCAGGAUGCUGAUGGUAUGUCAGGUGCUUCAGAAACUGUGCUCUGUUGAUUAUUGUUGCCGUGCAACAGCAACAACGAAAGCCACGCUUUAUGAUUGUGACCUCUGAAAGAAAGGAAUAACAGUAAAGUAACAAUCUAUCAAAUUGAAUUAAAUACACUGAUGUAACUGAAAAACAAUAGGGCAAAUAUAAAAAAAAUGUGAAUGUCAAAUAUAUUCAAUAAACAAAGAAAUAGUA